AUGGGCUUCUCUUCCGGGGUGGUUCCCCUAGCGCUAGUUGAUCUAGCUCAGGUGUCAACAGUUUCCCACAAGGGAACGCUAGGAUUACUCCCUCCCGGCAAAAAGGGCCGACAGAAGUUUGUGGUCGGCGAUGACUCAGGCACGGUGCACUGCUUCGAGAUGAAACGAGGGGAAGCACAGACAGUCUUCUCGUUCCGGUUCGCCGACAGUUACGAAAGCAGCGGCAGUGGCAGUGCUGGCACGGGGAGCAUGAUAACGGCCGUUGUCAUGGGGGGCACAACAGGAGGUUCUGGCGGGGGCGACAGAAUCUUCGCGACGCAGGGUUCGUCCAUCGUAGGACUGAGCAGAAAAGGCAAGGACUUCUUCAAGAUGGCCUCGCCAUUGUCAGAGACAAUCCACCACAUGGCCGUCCAGAACGAUAGAAUCUGGACCGGGUGCGACUACAUCUGCAGCGCCUACGAUGACGGCAAAGAUUCUGCGUUCUACAUGUGCCACGACAGAAUAUCGUCCCUGGUCGCCGCUAGCGUGUCGGGGACAGACUCCGUAGAUGCCGUGCUGGGGUGCCAGGACCAAUGCAUCCGAGUCGUCAAGGCGUCACAGCCGGAGGUGGUGCUCCAAGCCUCGACUGACGCGCCGGUUGGAGCCCUCUGCACUUUCAGCAAGAGCGGCAUGGGCAUGGACCAGACCUGGGAGCUGCCGGGCGGUGGCGAUGUGGGAAGAGGCGUGACAGCGCUGAAGCGGUACGAUCUGACGCAAGACGGGAUUGCCGAGCUCAUCGUGGGUCGGGAAGAUGGCACCGUUACGGUGUACCGGUUCCCAGAAUCGAGUUCCGUGGGGAGUUGUCCGCAAGAGGCAUUUUCCAUCGACCUCGGGGAGAGCAUUCGGUCUCUGGAGUGCGGCAAAGUCAGCAACGACCAGUACCCGGAAGUGGUGGUGUGCACGUUUCGAGGCCGAGUUUGCUCGCUCACGACACAGGCGCUUGAUCAGGGGGAAGCGGGGGACGCGUCCGGUCGUACGGUGGGGGACGUCAACGACGAGAACCGUGUCAAGCAGCUAAAAAAAGAAGUCGCGGACCUGGAAAAGCGAGUGGCCACCGAGAAGAAACGUCUCGAAGCAGCAGGUGGAGGGCGAGACGGGAACGAGAGCUCGGCCGCCUACACGCCGGCAACUCAACACUUUCAGGCCAUCACGAGUUGCACCCUUGACCCGGAACAAGGCGCGUACGUCAUCAGCGUGGAGACCCCGGUACCGUUGGACCUUGUCUUGCUGCACGCAGCUAUCCACAUGGACUUCCUAGAAUCAGACGACGAGGACGAUCGUGGACAGGCAACCAGCUGCGUGACGUCGCUUAGCCCCGAGAACGGGGGAGGCGUGUGCGCCACUUAUCGCUUCGAGAGCGGCGCCACCCGGCUGAGGCUGAGAGCCCGCACCACGGAGGGAGACUACGGCGACGUGCGCAUGACCGUCGUCGCCAAAAUCCCCCCCAAGAAGUCUGCGCAGGUCAUACACUUCUCGAUGAAGCCGCUAUCCCUGCACCACAGGGUGCACGCGAUGCCACGCAAUCUGCAGGCCCGGCCGAUGAACGCUCUCGUCCUUCGAGGCAAUUUCACAAUGCAGGUUAUUCAUGACUGGCUGGCCAUGUGUCUCCCCGACGUGCCUCCUCGGAUAUCGGCAGAGGCCGAGGACGCGACGCUUAACUUCGAGAACGUCUUUACCGGAGGCAUUCUGACGGCGUCGUACAGGCGAGGGGCGGCAGUCGUCAGCUCGGACAGCGCCAGCACGCUGGCCAUCGUCAAGGAGCUCAUCAGCAAGGAGGCCACCUCUCGGCGCGUUCACAUCACAGAUACAUUCCAGGUUGAGGUGAUGGGUGCCUUGAAAGAAAUAUCGAUGCAAGAGCCCGAGACGCCGUGGAUGUUCGAGGAAUACCGUUACACCCUGGACAACGCCGAGCGAAUACAGAAGGAGUUCAAGGGCCGGCCAAGAGCCCUCGAGUACAUUUCAGGAAUCAUCACGGAUCUUUACGUCGACUGGCAUAAAUUCAAAGGGGACGACGCUCGGCACCGCAUCCCGGAACUGGAGCACCUGCUAGUCUCCCAAUACGACUACAAAGCCCUGGUGGUCUUCUUUCUGAAACACCCUUGA